AUUUAUACUCGAACAAAGUCCUUUUACGGGGCAACUGAAGCAUAUGCUGCGUGCGCAUUUUGCAAACAAACGAUAUCAUAUCAACGAUAAAAAUUUGACUGCACAAAAACUUUGCUGUCCGAGGAAACACUUGCUCUACAUUCCCUAAGAUUCCGCUCUCUACAACUGAUUGAAACAAUGAGUAGUCCACCACCUAACUAUGAUAGACGUGAUCCUCGUUACCAUCCACAAGAUCGCGGGCCGCCCCCAAACAUAUGUACGGACCUCCAGCUACCAAUCAACCAUAACGCACAAGGUCAAAUGCACUCAAACCCAUCAUUCGAUCAUGGACAUAUGAUGCCCCCUCCACAACAUUCUACAACUGUUGUAAUCAAUCAGCAACCAUCGGUACAGAAUGAUCGGAUACUGGGAUCCAAGGACGGUCAUAGGGAAUGGAGCUCUGGGCUAUUCUCUUGCUUUGAUGACGUUGGAAAAUGCAUGUGGGGAUGGUGUUGUCCAAGUUGUGUGUUGAUUGAUAUAUCGGCUAGGCUAGGAGAAUGUGCUUUUGUAACAAGCUGUGUUCCUGGUAGUCUUGUUACUAUUAGAACUCGUGUUCGAACUCUUGGUGGCAUCAGGGGAUCCAUUUGUAAAGAUUGUAUGGUAAUAGAAUGCUGUUCAUUUUGUGCCAUGUGUCAGAUCCAUCGAGAACUGGAGUAUAUGGGACUAUAAGAUAUAGAUAUCACAAUCAACGAUGAUGUGUCAAAUUACAUUAUAAAAUAUAAGUGAUAUACAUGUAUAUAUUCCCGGAUAUAUCAAUCAAAAUUUUAGACUAAUAUCAUUAUUAUACUUGUUUGCUGAUAAAUGUUAUUUUUAUGCCGAUAUCUUUCAAAAGUGUUCACACAAACAAACAGAAAUUAUAUCAACGAGGAUAAGACGCUCUUUUGUAGUCUACUAUACAUAUAUCAACUCGUCAAUCAAUCGUGCCAAUCUCCUGUUUUACAUCAAGGCCAUAAAAUAGAUGAAAUACCACCUACGAAUGAAGUGAAAGUUGAUCUUUCUCAAUAACCUGUGUUGACAGGAGACAAAUGAAGUAUCACAAUUUGUCGGCGUCUUUUGAAAAACGCCUUAUCACAAUUUUAAUUGUUAAAAGUUUACAUGUGCUCAUUGAAAUAUUCUAAACCUUUAAUUGAUUAUUAUAUAGAAUCAUAAAUAUAAAUAGUCAUAUUCGUAUAUAUUACUAUGUGUUACUUUAUUUAUCAUAAGGAAUUCAUAUUAAACAAAAUUACUAAACAAAAAUGUAUUGUUGUAUUAACACAUUUGUUACGUUUCAUCCAAAGACAAAAUUUACAUGUUCGUCAGCAAAACACAUUAAAACAAAGUAUCUGGACUUGUCAGCUGAUAGUAAGAAUUUCUUACUUACGUGAACAGUCGGCGACAAGGAACAUGUUGUUUAUCUUGUUGUGUUUAUUUCCUUAUUUGUAAAUGAUUCAUGUUAAUUAUUUUUUAUAAUUAAGAUAGCUUGUUAUGUGUGUGUAUGCGCGCGUGCGCCUGUGCGUGUGUGCGUGUGUCUGUAUGUGUUUUCCAAUAAACACUUUACAAAAAACAGUAUUGUUAGUUUACAGUAUCGUAUAACAAUUAUUCAAAUUCAAAUUAUCGCAAAGAUAGCAAUAAACGACUCGAAAAUGUAAAAGAUUGAUAAGUCAUUUGUAAUAUAAAAUUAAUACAAAUAUAUUUUGUUGUCCAACACUUGCGUUGAAAAGUCAUUUCAUUUAAGGGGACAGGAGAAAUCCUUUAAAACAUGUAACAUCUGUUUGUAAUGUUAUUAUUUCUGUACAUAUUUGCGGAAAAAAUAAUGUAACGUUAUUUAUGAUCAUUUUGCAUUUGAUAACAUUUUUUGAGUAUAAUUAAAGCAUAAAUCAGC